GAAAAAUAUCCCUUAAUUUUUUUUUAUCAAGCUUUGUAUCAAUAAUGGUUAAGAAAGUUGUUGAUUCUCGAGUACAUACACUCAUCAAGAAUUGUGUACAGACAAAGCAUAGAUCUUUCUUUGUCAUUGUAGGUGAUAAAGGAAAAGACCAGGUUGUAAAUUUACACUGGCUUUUAUCCCAAGCCCAAGUUACUAGUCGACCUUCUGUUUUAUGGUGCUAUAAGAAAGAAUUGGGAUUUACAAGUCAUCGUAAGAAACGUGAGAAGAAAAUCAAAAACGACAUUAAGCGAGGAAUUCGAGAUGUCAACAAAGAGGAUCCUUUUGAACUUUUUAUUACCGUUACUAAUAUUCGUUACGCCUAUUAUAAGGAAACACAAAAUAUUCUCGGUAACACUUAUGGCAUGUGUAUUCUUCAAGAUUUUGAAGCUAUUACACCAAACACUUUAGCACGUACAAUUGAAACUGUUGAAGGUGGAGGUAUGGUAGUUCUUUUAUUAAAGAGUAUGAGUUCACUUAAGCAAUUAUAUACUAUGACUAUGGAUGUUCAUAGUAGAUAUCGUACCGAAGCCCACAACGAUAUUGUUGCACGUUUUAAUGAACGAUUUAUUUUAUCACUUGGAUCUUGUGAGACAUGUCUAGUUGUAGAUGAUGAAUUAAAUGUUUUACCUAUUAGUAUGGGUAAGAAUGUAAAGCCUUUAGCAAUCAAAUCAUCUGACGAAAAAACACCUGAAGAAAUUGAGCUUGCUGAAUUGAAAGAAUCUUUGGCGGAUACUGAACCUGUUGCAUCUCUUGUCAAGGGAGCACGUACCUUGGAUCAAGCAAAGGCAGUAUUGACAUUUAUUGAAGCAAUUUCUGAAAAAUCACUUCGUAGCACAGUAACUUUGACUGCUUCUCGUGGUCGUGGUAAAUCUGCUGCACUUGGUAUCGCUAUGGCUUCUGCUGUUGCUUAUGGCUACUCUAAUAUUUUUGUCACGUCACCUAGUCCAGAAAAUUUGAAGACAUUAUUUGAGUUUGUCUUCAAGACGUUUGAUGCCCUUGGAUAUGAGGAGCAUCUUGAUUAUGAUAUUGUUCAAUCAACAAACCCUGAUUUUAAUAAGGCUAUUGUUCGUGUGAAUAUAUUUAAACAACAUCGUCAAACAAUUCAAUAUAUUCAACCUCAAGAUGCACAUGUCCUUGGACAGGCUGAACUUGUAGUUAUUGAUGAAGCAGCUGCAAUUCCCUUGCCUUUGGUUCGUAAGCUUUUAGGUCCUUAUCUUGUAUUUAUGGCUUCUACCAUUAAUGGUUAUGAAGGUACUGGCCGUUCACUCUCACUCAAGUUAAUCCAACAAUUGCGUGAACAAUCUAGAGGAAUUCCAAUUAAGGAUAAGGAUGAUACAGAAGGUAUUGUUGUAAAUCGCGAUCUUCAAGCAAAGAAGGUAGAAGGAUCUGAUGGUGCAUUAACAGGCCGUUCUCUAAAGGAAGUUACACUUGAUGAGCCCAUCCGUUAUGCACCUAACGAUCCUGUGGAGAAAUGGUUGAAUAAGCUUCUUUGUCUUGAUGCUACUGUAAUUUCUAAAAACAUUCAAGGUUGUCCUCAUCCUUCAGAAUGUGAAUUGUACUAUGUCAACCGAGAUACCUUAUUUUCUUACCACCCUGUUUCAGAAACUUUCUUACAACGUAUGAUGGCACUCUAUGUAUCCAGUCACUAUAAAAAUUCACCCAAUGAUUUGCAAUUAAUGAGUGAUGCACCAGCUCAUCAUUUGUUUGUCUUACUUCCUCCAGUAAAUGCAAAGACCAAUAGUUUGCCUGAUCCUCUGGUUGUUAUUCAAGUAUGUCUUGAAGGUGAAAUCUCUCGCCAAACAGUUGUUAAUUCUCUUUCUCGUGGACAACGACCUUCAGGCGAUAUGAUCCCUUGGCUUAUUUCUCAACAAUACCAAGACGAUGACUUUGCUAGUCUUUCUGGUGCUCGUGUUGUACGUAUUGCUACACAUCCUGACUAUGCCAAAAUGGGUUAUGGUUCAAGAGCACUUGAAUUAUUAACCAACUUCUACCAAGGUAAAGCCAAUGAUUUAAGUGAAUCUACACAACCCCUGGAUGACGAAUCUUUGCCAUUGGUUGAGGAUUAUGAGCUUGAAAACGCCAAUCUCAAGACGGAUCAAGUCAAAGUUCGAGAUCCUAGUAAGAUGCCUCCUCUCCUUACAAAGCUAGACGAAAAACGGGCACAGCGUCUUGAUUAUCUUGGUGUCUCUUAUGGUCUUACAGCUUCACUCCAUAAAUUCUGGAAACGUGCAGGCUUUGUUCCACUUUAUGUACGUCAGACAGCCAAUGAUCUUACAGGCGAGCAUUCAUGUGUCAUGAUCAAGGCAUUGACAGAUACAGAGGACUCACGAGUGGCUAAUGCAGCAUGGCUUGAUGCCUUUGCUCGUGAUUUCUCAAAGCGAUUCAUUCAUCUUUUAUCCUAUAAUUUCCGCGAAUUUACAGCUGUAAAUGCUUUGAAUAUUCUUGACGGUGCCAAACAAGGACAAGAUAGCGAACAAGAAGAAACUCGUGAAUUAGACAAAGAAAGUCUGAGUCAUUUAUUUAGUCCCUAUGAUUUAAAACGUUUAGAAUCCUAUUCAAACAAUAUGCUUGAUUAUCAUGUUAUCUUGGAUAUGAUUCCUACAAUAGCUGAGCUUUAUUUCAGGGGUGAGAUGCCUACUGACAUUAAACUUUCUGGAGUUCAAAGUGCGAUCUUGCUUGGUAUUGGCCUUCAACGCAAAUCAGUUGAUCAACUUCAAGAUGAACUCAAUUUGGCUAGUAACCAAGUACUCGCUUUGUUUAUAAAGAUUGUUAGAAAGAUAUCAAACUAUUUUGCCAAGGUAGAAACAAAGGCUUAUGAAGAAACUGUGCCUGCACUCAAAAAGUCAGAUAAAACAAGUCAUAAGCGAGAUGCAGCAGAUGAUGAAGCAUGGAAACCAGUCAAGGAAGAUUUGGAAGCUGAUUUAGAAAAAGCUGGAGAAGAAGUGUUGGAUGAAUUAAAGGCUAAACAGCGUGAGCUUAUUGAUUCACUUGACCUUAGUAAAUAUGCUAUUGGUGGUACAGAUGAAGAAUGGGCUGCUGCUGGAGAUCGUGUUAAGGCACUCACUUCUGGUAAAAAGAGUGGAAUGAGUUCAGUUGUAAGUAUCAAGAAUGAGAACUCAUCUAAGAAGAGAAAAUUGGAGAGUGCACAACAGAUAUCUGAAAAGGAACAAAAGCGUCUUAUGGGUAAAGUCAAAUUGUCAAAAAAGGCAAAAAGUUCUUAAGAUUUCAGUAUAAUUUUUUUCCCCUUCUUCCUAUAUAUUUCUGUAAUAUAUUUUUGUUAAUAAAUUCAACAUGUGUCAUAUCAAAU